CCCGCCCCGCGCCCGCCCAAGGACGUUUAAAGGACCGACGGGGCCGCCGCUCGCAGCGCCCGGUGCCGCCGCCGCCGCGACCCCCGGAGCCCCCCCCACCCCCGGUUUGGGCCCCUCGGGGCCGUGCGGGGCCCCCCCCGCCCCUCCCCUCCCGGCGACACGAUGGUGACGCAGAUCCUGAGCACGGUGGAGGCCCAGGCUCCCAGCGCCGCGGGGCCCUCGGGCUGCGGCCCCGUCCCCGUCCCGGUCCCGGUGGUGGCCGUGCCGGGCCCGGGGGUGGCGGCAGCGCUGCCCAACGGGGCCCCCCCGGGUCCUCCCCCCGUGGCCGACGACAGCAAAACCAACCUGAUCGUCAACUACCUGCCGCAGUCCAUGAGCCAGGAGGAGCUGCGGAGCCUCUUCGGCAGCCUCGGCGACAUCGAGUCCUGCAAGCUGGUCCGGGACAAGGUCACCGGGCAAAGCCUGGGCUACGGCUUCGUCAACUACGUGGAGGCCGGCGACGCCGACAGGGCCAUCGGGGCCCUCAACGGCCUCAAGCUGCAGACCAAGACCAUCAAGGUGUCCUACGCCCGGCCCAGCUCCGCCUCCAUCCGCGAUGCCAACCUGUACGUCAGCGGCCUGCCCAAGGCCAUGGGGCAGAAGGAGAUGGAGCAGCUCUUCUCCCAGUACGGCCGCAUCAUCACCUCCCGCAUCCUCGUGGACCAGGUCACAGGUGUGUCGCGGGGGGUGGGCUUCAUCCGCUUCGACAAGCGCGUGGAGGCCGAGGAGGCCGUGCGGGGGCUGCACGGGCAGAAGCCCCUCGGGGCCGCUGAGCCCAUCACGGUCAAGUUCGCCAACACCCCCGGGCAGAAAUCGGGGGGGGCCCUGCUGAGCCUCUGCCCCGGAGCCCGGCGCUAUGGGGCCCUGCACCCCCCCCCGCAGCGCUUCCGGCUCGACAACUUGCUGAACGUGGCGUACGGGGUGAAGAGCCCGCUGUCGCUGCUGCCCAGGUUCUCGCCGUUGGCCAUCGAGGCGGUGCCGGCGCUGGCCGGGGUGGGCUUGGGGACCCCCGGGCCGGGCUGGUGCAUCUUCGUCUACAACCUGGCGCCCGAGGCGGACGAGAGCGUCCUGUGGCAGCUCUUCGGGCCCUUCGGCGCCGUCACCAACGUCAAGGUCAUCCGCGACUUCGCCACCAACAAGUGCAAAGGCUUCGGCUUCGUCACCAUGACCAACUACGAGGAGGCGGCCAUGGCCAUCGCCAGCCUCAACGGCUACCGCCUGGGCGACCGCGUGCUCCAGGUGUCCUUCAAGACCACCAAGCAGCACAAGGCCUGAGCCGCGUCCCCGCUGAGGCCGCGGGGGUCUCCUGCCGAGCCCCCGUGAGCGCCGUGGAGAAGCUCGGCUGGAGGUGUCUCGGGGACCCGCUGGGAGACCGUGGAGAAAGCCAGCUGGAGACCUCGGGCACCUUCAGGGACCCCCAUGAACACCAUGGAGAAACUCAGCUGGAGACCUCGGGGACCCCCCAGCAGCACCAAACACAUCCCGGAGACCUCAGGGUCCCACCAUGAGCACCACGGAGACCAUGGAGAAACCCACGUGAAGACCCGGAGACCUCAGGGUCCCUCCAUGGAGACCAUGGAAAACCCACGUGAAGACCUGGAGACCUCAGGGUCCCUCCAUGGAGACCAUGGAAAACCCACAUGAAGACCCAGAGACCUCAGGGUCCCCCCAUGGAGACCAUGGAAAACCCACGUGAAGACCCGGAGACCUCAGGGUCCCUCCAUGGAGACCAUGGAAAACCCACAUGAAGACCUGGAGACCUCAGGGUCCCUCUAUGGGCACCACGGAGACCAUGGAGAAACCCAACCGGAGACCUCGGGGACCUUCAGGGACCUUCAGGGACCCCCCCCCGCCAUGAGCACCAGACCCAUCCUGGAGGUCUCAGGGUUCCCAACAUGAACACCAUGGAGAACCCCAACUUCAGGUCCCGGGCACCCUCCAUGGACACCGAGGACAUCCUGGGUCUCCAGGAUGGAGAAACGCACCUGGAGACCUUGGAGACCGUGGGGACACCCCAUGAGCACCACAGACACCACGGAGACCCCGGAGACCCCCUCCAUGGCCACUGAGGACACCGUGGGGACACCUGAGGCACGGCCCGGACACCUGGACGCCCUCACCUGUCCCCGAUGAGGAAUCCUGAGGAAUCCUCCAGGUGCUCCAGGGCACUGGGAGGGGCCCUGGAAAGCCUGGAGACCCCCCCCAGGACACUGUGGACACACCUGGGACCCCCGCCCGGGUACCCCAAACCCCACCACUCCGGCAGUGGCCGGACCACCUGGAGCGGUGCCCCCCCCCUCACCUGAUCCAGGUGUGUCCAGGUGGGGGCUGUGCCCCUCCUUCCCUCCACUCCAGGACUCCAGCGGUGAGAGGGGGGGCGCGUCUUCUCGCUCUCUCCUUUCCAUGUUUUCCCUUAAUUUUCUGGGGGAGGGGGAGGAAUUUUUGGGGAGAAAGAACAAAAAUAAGGAUUUACCACAUGUUUAAUUAGACCUGUUACUCGAUAUCAGGUAAGGAGGAACGUGACUGACGCAGGGAGCGGCGACUCCUCGGGAGCUGCUGACCCAAAUCCAUCUAUUUUUAUAGCAGAAUAUUAAAAAUAUCCCCCAAAAUCCCCAAAAUCACUGUUCCAGAGAGGGUGAGAACCUGUUUUGUGCUCCCCGAGUUCCUUGGAAGCAGCUUGUGAACCCCAAGAGAGAUCAAGGCAAGUUUUGGGGGGUCAGUGGCACUGAAAUUCCAGGGAUUCCUCUGGUACCCCCAAAUCUGGGAGGGAGGGGAUGUGUCUUGUCACACUUCCCCCCCCCUCCCUUCCCAAAUUCUCCAAAAUGGGCAAUUUUUGCCCCAAAUUACUCCACUCGCUGGAGUUUGGCCACUUGGAGCCUCCUGUCCAAAAAAAGGGCGGAACCCCACCUCAAAAGCCCCGACCCUGAGUUCCCCCAUACUCCUUAUCAUCGUUAUUAUUCUUAAUUAUUCUUAAUUAUUAUUCUUAUUAAUUAUUGUUGAUGUUAUUAUUAUUAUUAUUAUUAUUAUUGCAAGUCUUAUUUAUUUUCCCUUCGCCGUCGGGAUAAUUUCUCACUUUUCAGUGGUUUAUUUCCCAUUUAUUUCCUAUUCUUCCCUGCUUUUUCCCCGAUCCUGGUACUCCCCGGGACCCUCUUUUUUCCCCCCCAGACCCUUCUCCCAAACCCAUCCCGGCUCCUGGUUUUUUUGUGUCGUGCCUGUGUGAAGCUUCUUGUAGUUUUAAUUAUUAUUAAUAUAAAUAUUUAGGAGCGACCCCCCGUGUCCAGAUCCGCCAUCACGCCCCCCCCCCACCCCCCCAAACUCUGACCCCCACCCCCUCUCCCAGGGAUCCAGCCCUGGAAUUUGGGGAGGGGGCCAGGGGACCCCCAAUUCAGUAGCAAUAAGGGGUCCCCACCUCAGCCCUGGCCCAUUUUUGGGGGGCCCAAACGUGGGGACAAAAGGUGCCCAGGGACCCCCUGGUGGCACUGCGGGACCCCUCAGAGGGGACCGGGACCCCCCGGCCCCCACCCCUGGACUCGACUCUUUGUAUUUUUCAUGGGAAAAAAAAAUCAAUUAAAAAAUUUAAAAGGCA